ACUCAAAAACUUCGAUCCGAAGUCAGUCACAAACAGUUUACUAUAGAGUGUAAUCGCCUUAUUGUGUCUUCUAACUUAAAUCGUUGCGAAAUCGUGCAUUUUAGUGCUAAAACUUUUGCUAGAAUUGUGACUAAUUUGAUAUUACGUAUUGCCGGUUAGACAUUACUCGGAUUGUCAGUGCUUCACAGUGUUAAAAAGUGUGUGUAUCUCCUUCACAUGAAACAGUUAUUGCUGUUUUUCCAUCGGUUUUACCUCUUUUAUUGGAUCUCUUUCGUUAACUGAAGGUUUCCCUCAACUAGUGUGGACUAAUUGGCGUUAAGCCAUAAAGAACUCAAAAUUAAUCCUUGUGACUCAGUGACAAUGUGCUCAUGCAAAAUGUGCCUGGAUGUGAGACAAAACUUUGCUGGACACUUGUGACAUUUCGUCAAGAUGUCACCAGACAAGCGUAAACGGAAGAUAGUCUUCGACAAUAAUCCUGAGGGAAGGACUUGAUAAACCAGUGAUAAAACAUAAAAUUUUAAUAAAUAAAACCUAUUCGGUUAUGAUCUCAUUAUUUUAGUGCUCAACCCUAUAAAGACUGAAUACAAUUAAGUGACAAAAAAAAACAAUAAACAUGAUCGCCUUAAAGAAACUAUAUGGAGACGAAUUACUCCGUUUAGCUUUAGUCCUUAGCUUGUUAAAAGCGAACCCCGAGGAAUAUUUGGAGCUGGAGACACAGCAGCUAGCUGGUCUCCAUAUAUCGAAUGGAUCUGACUGGUCUUUGGAACACGAAGCGAGGACGUUGAUACGUCCAAGGUUCGUGCACCCGAAAUCUUUGGACCACAUAUUGGUAAACUACGAAAGACAACUGUUCGAAGAGCUAAAUUCCCUCGGGCGGUACAAUCACUUGGAAAACAAUGACCGGAUGUGGUAUAAUCAGGGUUCAGUUCAUACAUAUUUAGUUAAUAAUGUUGCGACUGACACAAUCGCGCCCGGGCUGUCGCAGGAGGAGGAGGUUGUUGAUACAAAUGGCGAGGACAACGUUUCCUCUGACGACAAUGUCGCGCAAGAGGUAAAGGUUGAAGAUGAAGCCCAAGUUGAAACCCAGGCGCAACCAGAUGCAGUCGUCACGCUGUCUGCGAACUUCUUCGAGAACCACACUGAGUCGGACAUCUUCACCGAAAUAGCGAGCAGGUCUUUCGAUGUCAACGAAUUCCUAGUGCCCAACGAAAUGCAGAUCAAGAAGGAGACGGAUUCAGACGAUGAUCUGAUGAUCCAAAUCAAGAAGGAAAGAGAGGCGGACGAUUUGUACAGUGACAACGCUAUAGACGAUUUCGUUCCAUAUUUCACAACGAAAUCGGAGAAGUUGGAUUACGAGGAAUCGGAUUCUGUGUUUCAUCAGAAUUUGGCCGAUCUUCAGGACUAUGGUGAGCUGUACGAUGAUGUCAAAGAACUCAAGAAUGAUCUCGAAUUCUUGGACGUUAAGCAUCAACAGGAAAACUUGGAACAAUAUCUCCUUGAGAACACACCAUUGGAUACUGAAGUGUAUGAGUUGGCGCCGAUGUUUGAAGAGGAACUGGUGUUGGACGUGAAGAGGGAGCGGGCGAGCACCAGUUUCACUUCCGCGAGUUCUAGUGGUGUGAGCGAGAUGGACAAUUCUUCGGUGAUGGAGAUGCCCGAUGUCAAAUUGGAGCCCGAUGAAGGUCAUCAUACGGGCGACGAAUUGACCCAAGAGGACAUGGAUCUGAUAGAGGUGCUUUGGAAGCAGGAUGUGGACAUGGGAUUCUCCCUGGAGGACCCUAUGCAACCGGAGGGCCCUCAAGCAAAGAAGGUGGAGCUCGAAGGUCAGAUAGACAAAGAGCUGAAACUCGCAGAGGAGAAGUUGCAGAAGAAGAAAGAAGAAACCGAGAACAUUGAGAAGGUGAAGGCUUCUUUACUGGAGACCCAUAAGGAGGAUGAUCCAUGGGCUGGACUAUCCUACACCGUGGAUACGGAGACUGGUGAAUACGUGCUCCAGGGUGAACUUCCGACAGGCCUGGUGAGCGAGGAGUCACGCUUUGACCUCCUGGAAGAGGCUCUCCAGCUGGUGGAGCUUGGAGACGAGGCCGACACCAAGGAUGAGCAGACUCAGGCGGUAGAGGGAAGCAGUACGAGCGAGAUGCUGCAUCCGGCGAUGCGGCAUGUGCCGCACCACCCACUCGCGCACUACCAUAAUCAGUCACUGAUGCGCUCUAUGUCGGUGGAGCAGAGGUGGCAGGACCUCGCCUCGCUGCUGACCAUCCCGCAUCCGCCCGACCAGUACCAGCACUACCACCAGCAUCCGCAUUCGCACCCGCAUCCGCACCCGCAUCCGCAUCCGCACCCGCACCCGCACCCGCACGCCCAUCCGCACAACAUCAGCACCCAUGGCGCCGCUGCGGGUUACGCGCCGAACUAUCACGCCCCCAUAGCUCCCGUGCCUGAAAAACAACACGAACCUUAUGGCGCCUCGGCCCCGCUGGAAGGUGCGUAUAAGGUGGAAUCCGCACAUCACCCCCAACACCAAGAUGGAGUUUACUAUCAGAAUUCCACCAGUGAGAUGGCGCCGCCGAAUCAGGACGGUUUCCUGCAGUCAAUACUCAACGAUGAGGAUCUGCAACUAAUGGAUAUGGCGAUGAACGAAGGCAUGUACACGAUGCGUAUGCUGGACGGGGCGUCUUCCGCGCACGUCUCCGCAGCGCACAGCCAUACACACAUGCCGAUGACCACUGAGCGUGACUCCGCUUCGGACAGUGCCGUGUCGUCCAUGGGAUCUGAGAGGGUGCCAUCCUUGUCUGACGGCGAGUGGUGCGACGGCAGCGAUUCCGCGCAGGAGUUCCACAGCUCAAAAUUCCGUCCGUACGACAGUACGUACGGCCGAGAUCGCGCCUCGCACGCUCCUCAAAAGAAACACCACAUGUUUGGAAAACGAUGCUUCCAGGAACAACCAGCUGCCCCCAUAGAGCCCAUAGUGGCGUCGCGGCCGCCCGGCGUCAUAAAGUACGAAUGCGAGCAGACCUACCACGACAGCAUGCAUAUGCAUAAUGUGGAGUACAAUGCGCGAUCUCAAAUUGCACCGCCCCACGUGCCACUCCUCCAGCCAGCGUUGGACAUCAAUGCACCGCACUCCAGCCACGCGCUACUACAGAGCGCAGUGCCGAGUCCCGGGCCUCGGUUCGGUUUUGGUUCGGGCGAUAGAGUGAGACACAACCACACAUACAGCGCGCCGCUACCGGCCGAGCGGCCGCCGCUGAGAGACAAGAGAGUACGUCGACUUACGGACGGGAGCACGUCGGAUGGCGGCUGCGGGGGGUCGCACCUAUCGCGGGACGAGAAACGAGCUAAAGCACUGGGUAUGUACUCUAUGGGUAUCCCGCUGGAGGUGCAGGAAAUUAUUAAUCUGCCGAUGGAUGAAUUCAACGAACGCCUGUCCAAACACGACCUGAGCGAAGCCCAGCUGUCUCUUAUAAGGGAUAUACGAAGGAGGGGCAAAAAUAAGGUCGCAGCUCAGAACUGUCGCAAACGGAAGCUUGAUCAGAUCACGUCGCUGGCGGACGAAGUGCGUACAGUACGCGAUAGGAAAGCACGCACCCAAAGAGACCACCACUCGCUCAUGGCGGAGAGGCAACGGGUGAAGGAGCGAUUCGCCGCACUGUAUCGACAUGUAUUCCAGAACCUUCGCGACCAGGACGGUAGGCCGUUGUCCUCAAACCAGUACUCGCUCCAGCAAGCAGCUGAUGGCAAUGUCGUACUUGUACCCAAAAUGCAACACUCUGAUCACCCAAUGAACCGCACCUCGGACGACGAUAUGGACCGCAAGACAAAGAACUACGAGCAGUGACAUCCAUUCGCGCACACACAAACAAACAGUCAGACAUAUUACUAACACAUAUAAAACAAUAUGACACCAAUACACGAAUCGCAUUCCUCAAAAACACACCUUUUAUAUAUGUUCACGGGCAAAAUUCACAGGGUUUGCCCGGGCAAAGUUGCGAAGCGAAGGCAACAAAUAACUGAAUGCAACCCAAGCGGCUAAUUGCAAGUAAAUAAAUUUCCCAACACUCAUUGUACCACUUUUUAUAAAUGUUUGCGGCCAAAAUUCGCGGGGUGUGCGCAUAGAAGUUAUUUUCGAAAAAAAUCUCUCCCAGCACGGCUAGUGUGGGCAUGAGACAAUCAUAUCUUGGAAAAAAUAAUAUAAAUUUAAAUAUAAAUUUUACUUAUCACAAGUAAGUAUAUCCCUUGUUAAUCGGAGGAUAUAAUUUUUAUCUCCCGCCCGUGCUAGCCAGGUAUAGAAUUAUCUGGAUUGAAGCAAAAUCCCUUUAACCUACAUUUAAAAAAAAAAUGUAAGUUAGAUAUCUCAGCUAUUGAGAAAGGCAUUAGGACUGGUAUUGAAGAAAAGUUUGAGAACUCUCCUUAGAUGCACUGGGCAAAGUAACUUUGUCCGGGCAAAGUGAAGCUUGUAAAUUUAACCGUAUUAAUAUAACUUCAGUUAAUAAAUAAAUUAAAACAACUCAAUUCAAUCAAUUUGGCUGAUACUCUUCUAAAAUACUCUAAAAUAUAUAGUUUUAGCAGGAGCACUGUCAAUUUAACAGGUAACUUUUAGAAAUAAAAUGGUUUAACUGAUAUCACUUAAACCCUUUUUUAGUUUAACCUUUGAAUUAUUUUGAUGUUCACUGAUUAGUUAAUACAAAGUUAUAUGCGCGUUUUCAAACACACAGUUGAAAACGCGCAUAUAACUUUGUAUUAACAGUGUGCAGUAACGUAGACAGUUUGCACCGAAAAAUGUGUUCUUUUCCAUAGAAUUCUUUAUUUCAAUUUAUUUCAUUCAAUAAAGUUAAUUUGUCAAGAUUUCAUAAGACGGUCAAAGUGGAAUAGGCCCAUAGUCAAUUGCAUGCUGUACAUGAUAACCGAGUACAAGCAAGUAGGGAAAAGAGAACAAAAAAUCACAGCAAAAUUGGUGUAGUUUUUGAGGAAAGUGUAAACGCGAGUUUUUUUAUUUGCAUUCCGUACAUAAAAAUACUUUCGCCCAUAUCCGUGAUCUUAACAUUUACGUUAUGCCUUUUAUCAUACUUUGGUAUGUCUAUUACUGCUUUGAAGGAUAUUGUUUUUGAUAUAGUCAAUUUUUCCAUUUUUAUUUCACAAACAAAAAAACUGAUUUGAAAUUCAAAAUGGAAGAUUUUUUUGUGAAUACAUUUUGCUCAAGUUACAUCAUUUUUCAAAACUUUUUUAUUGCUAUGUGAUUAUAACUUUCGAAAAUUGCAUUUAAAUCUUUAUUCGCAUUUGAAAUAUCUGCGAUUUUUUUUUUCCAAAAGAAAUAUGUAUUCACAAAAAAUGUAUUUCACCUUAGCUACCUUAACUAAUACCAGUUGGACAAUCGCUGGUCGAUUUUGUCUUUCCGGAAAAUAAAUAUGUUGCCCUCUGAACCGCAUUUUCUACUGUUUGUGGUUUGCAAUGAUGUUAUAAGUAAAAAUAGACACAUUACAACUAGGCUAAUUAGCCAACCUUAGACAAAGAUUCUGAAUUGGUGAAAUUCUCCCUGAGUGAAAUAAGUGAGAUCACUGAAAUGAAAGUAACGGCACUCUUUAAUGGGUAAAAUUAGUAAAAAGUGAGUUUGAGGAUAUAGUAAACCUAUAAGGCAGGGAGAUAUAGAUAAAAAUGCCUUCAUAUCGUACCGCUACUUUAUUAAUAACGUGGUCCUCUUAUUGCUGAAAACAUGGACUAUGAGUCAGAGCAAAAGUACUAUUAUGAUCUGUCCGCUGUAUUGCAUCGUUAACUACGCUUUUUGCAAUAUAGGGUUACCAUACUUGAGCUUUUCUCCUCUAGACGCAGACAUACUAUCAUAUUUUGUGUGUGAUGUUUGUGUGACCCUAAAAUGUCAUGAGUAACUUCUUCAUGAGAACAUCUUGUUUCUCAAAGAGGAGAAGAGUAAUCAAUAGACUAUGGAGGAUCUAACCUGUCCACCUCUUUUCACUUACAACAUCAUUGGUUAUAUGUAUUUAUACAACAUCGUCAAUAGUUUGCGCUGCGGCUUAGACGCGUUUGUAGCGCGUUUGUAAAGCGUUUUACAUUCAACUGCGUCUUAAAAAUGUCGCCAUGUGAAAGGGCAUCCUACAAAAAUGUAUUAUAACAUCAUUUGGAGUAAAUGUGUAUCUUAAAACACAAGCAAUGAAUGGAAAUGAGUUCUUAUAAAAAUGUACCUAAGUUUUUUUUUAAAGAAAAAUGUUUUUUUUUUUUCAUUUAGACUAAAAAUUAUGAUGCUGCACUGACUACUAAUACUGAAAUGGCUUAAAAAAAGUCAUCCUUAUGUAUACUAAUUAUGAAAUAAUAAAAAAAAGAGGAGAAUUUUUAUAAGUGAUAUUUGAGCGAAACUUUUUUGUUGGAUUAACAACAGUCUUUUAUUUUUCUCUUGGAAAAAAAACUUUAAAAAAUUGUGAUAGAAAAAAAAUAUUCCAUUUUUUUUUUAGUGUCGCAUAGGUUUUGAUCGAACUAGUGUUCCCUACUAAAUCCCUUUGACCUCUUAACCGAGGCUGAAGGAAAUAAUUGAUGUCUUUGACAUUGUCACGUUGCAAUAAGUAAUUUUAGAAGCGAUUAAGAACCAUGUUUUUUUUUUAUGUGUAACAUAUUUUUUAUCUGUAGGUUUAUUUAUGUAUAUUAAUUAUAGCUAAGCUUAGGAUUGUUCUAGGUUUAAAAUUAAAGGUUUUGUAAAAAAAAAAUAAUAGUAAUACCAAUACAUCUGUUCGGAAAAGAGUACAAAUUAAAAACGAAUACGCGAUAUUAUGUAAAAAAAGGUUCUAACUGGUAAAUUAUGUAGAGUGGACGCGGUUUUUUCGUAUACUAGAUUUUUUUUCCCUUAUUAUAAAAAAACACAUUUUCAAUUCAAUUCUUUUCUAACAAAUA